GAUAGGGGUAGUGUGGGAAAGUGUCACCCGACCCGACCAGCAGACUGCAGUGAAAGCGUGAGAGACCAGACCAGGAAAAAGAAAGAAUAUCGACUAAAAGAAAGAUAGAAACUAACUAUAAUCAACUACAAAUGAGAGAGGGUGAAAAUCAACUUUGCGAUAUCUGAAAGCCACCUUGGUUAAACGCAACGUUUGUUCUGACACAAAGGUUUAUGCCAAGACGCUCCUCUCAAUGCAUUGGUUUCGGUGACAGUUUUGGACAGGAAUAGAGAUAGUGACGGGAGAACAAUGGAGAAUGGGAAGAACCGCCUGCAGCAGGCCCAGGAUGAGGUGGAGGAGGUGAAGGUGAUCAUGCUAGAUAACCUCAACAAGGCUGCCGAGAGGUCAGGCAAGCUGGGAGAUCUUGAUAACAGGGCAGACGAACUUCUGGAGAAGAUUGGUAUUCUGAAGAUGGCUUCUUAUUUUGAUGAGCAUGACUGUGAACCAACGAAUCCCGAAGAACAGUACCGUCAGAAUGCACUACUAGAACUGGCCAGGUCUUUGAUGCAGGGCCUCGACAUUGACUCGGGAGCGUUUGACCUGUCGGACUGGGACCAGCGUCUUCCUCCCCCAGCUGCUAAAACAGCUGUCCAAACCUUACCUGUGGUAGUCAUAUCCCCAGAGCAAGCAGACAAAGGGCUGAAGUGUCCUGUGUGUCUGCUGGAGUUUGAGGAGCAGGAGACAGUGAGGGAGAUGCCCUGCAAACACCUCUUUCACUCUGGUUGUAUCCUGCCCUGGUUAGGGAAGACAAAUUCUUGCCCGCUAUGCCGUCUCGAGCUACCAACCGACAAUCCAGAGUAUGAAGAGUUCAAGAAGGACAAGGACAGGAGAAAACAGAGGGAAAACAGACUGGAAGAUCUGCAUGGGGCCAUGUACACAUAACGGCUCAGAGCACACUGCUUAUUGCUGAUUUCCCCUUUCUAGCGUUGGGUCGCAAUAGAAUUAAGAAUUGACCAAAGCUGCAAAUAAUAUUAUGUAGCUAUUAUGUUUUAUCGUAUGUACUGUAAAUAUGUCAGUUUUAAAUACAGUCAAUUGUACAAAGACACAUUUUGUGAUUCAAAUUAUGGAUGAUCAUUCUACAAUGAAAGGAAUACUGAGACAGUUGAGUCUGUUUGAACUCUCUACAUUCACUGCCUUAACACAUCAUAGCAUUUCUUCCUUUUCCCCAAGAUGCAAUACAUUGACCAAAACAGGUGAUUAAAUGGCUUUUCACGGCAUAUGUUUUGUUGGCCUCACAAUAUUUAUCAGACUUUAAAUUCAAUCUGUUUAUAGUGAUGCUUGCUUUGGCAUCAUCAAUAAAGGCCCAGUGCAGUCAAUUCUG